AUGCUGAAGAAUUUGUGUUAUGGUGAAAAUGUAUUAAAUUCUUGGGGUGAUUUAUUUGGAAACUUAGGAAAUGAUAUCUCUGUUGACAAUACAUCAGCGUGGAAAGGUGUUCUUUGCUCUCCGUUUGAUCCUCGUUACUCUCAAGCAAUAAUGAAAUCUCAUGUAUGGCCUGGAGCUUUUGCAGUUGCUUACAGUCUCCAAACCGACUUUAUGUAUAUUGGAUGGGGUCAAAAGCAUGAUUAUAAUAUGCUUUAUAACAUUUUUAUGGACGAAAUUAAAAUGGAAAAUCCAACUCAAGAUGAUACCUUUACGGUGGAGUUUCAAGAAUUUACAAAGAAAGAGAAAAUGGAGAAUGAAAAACAUCGCGUACGUAAAAAACGUAAUAACCCUUUUCCACUACGAUUAAUCGUACAAAUACAAAGGUGGUGA